CCUCACAGGUAACACAUGUUGAUGGAAACACUCGUCUUGUCGCCUCUGAAAUGGAAUUAAAUAUCAAGAAAACGAGUUCGCAGGCUUUGCUGUCAUGCGGGAACGGAGAAGGUCUCAGUGAGAAGCUUCUCCUCAAGCCGAAGGCCGGCCGAUCCCUGCAGACGGAGAGAGUCCCGAGGAGCAGCGUGUUGGAGCGGCUGCAGAGCUUCCUGCCUCAGAUGGCCAAGGCCAACGAGAAGCUGAAGCAGCAGAUGGCCGACGCUCCCGCCGGACACUUUGACAUAGAGAGCGUGGGGGGGGCCGAGAGUGUCAUAGAGAUGGACGUGGCGUUGGUGGAGCUCAGCGGGUCUGACGGCAACUCCGAAGAGGAGACUUCGGACUCUGAGGAGGAAUCGGACUCCCCUGAGGGGAGCGAGGUCACGGAGCAGAACCUCGUAUUACCCGGAGACAAAGGCAAGAAGAAGAAAGCCAACAUCCAGGUCCUCCAUCAGCAGGGAGAGUAGAAAGAGUGGCCGCACAAACUUUUGGUUGCGUGUUGUUUCUUUGCCCUCUUGAGAUGAUGUGGAUUAAACUGAUCCGACCAUCCGCCUCGGGCGUGGAGGGAUAUUACCUCACAGACACAGAACAGGAAGCUCCUGUUUGGAGCCAGAGGAACAUAUGUAGAUGUCAUUUUGUACAUUUAAAGGGUUUGCAAAAGUGCCUUUGGAGCCAGAGCAGAUACUGUAAUUACCUCAUCCAGUCUGGCCAUCAGCUGACCUCUCCAGGAACUUGAUGUGUUCAGGCACAAACGCUGUGGAUCACCUCAUUGUGGCGACCAUACAAGCUGUGCACAUACCCUGCUACGUGCACAUGUAUUGAUUCCUCCAACGUGUUAGCUCUCUGAAAUAAUAAUGAAACACCGUGUUGUCUGGUUUGAUGGGUCACAACAUUUUAGUUAUAGUCCUCUCUUUUGUUGAUUAUGUUGUAAACAUUAGGUAUAUACACGUGAUGGCUCCUCUUUAAACAAUGCAUUCAAAUCAUAAUUCUAUCAAUAUUUUGCUACUGGUUCCUCUUUGAAAUCUAUUAAAAUUAUUUUAUAUCAAAAAAA